AGGCACCCACAGAACUCGACUGCCGACUGCCGAGUGCGGCUGCAAGGCUGCAACCCAUGACCCAUCUAUCUCUGUGUGCUGUUACCAGCAACACAAUUCCACAGGAAACGCGAGUAGGAUGAACGGCACCUUCCUACCCCUACGAUGGCGAUGAUGAGAUUGCCUUCUGUGCUCGUGAUCUACAUCUUGGCUGCUCCGCUGCUGCCGGCGCGCGGCUCGGAGCCAUCGUCCACGCCGGUACCGUCCGUCGACGUGACGGCGGCCAGCCACCUGGUCAGCUCCGGUGGCCACCGCUACUUGGACGUCAGGACAGAAGAGGAAUUCAAGAAGGGGCAUGUGGAGAAUUCUCUUAAUGUGCCAUUCCUUUUCUUUACCCCUCAAGGGAAGGAAAAGAACACCAAGUUCGUAGAGCAGGUGGCAUUGCAUUAUUAUAAAGAGGACAACAUAAUUGUGGGUUGCCUAAGUGGAGUAAGAUCUGAACUAGCAUCUGCCGAUCUCAUAGCAGCCGGAUUCAAAAAUGUAAAGAACAUGGAAGGUGGUUACACGGCAUGGGUCGAAAACGGCCUUGUGGUGAAUAAACCUCAAGCGAAUGAUGAGCUCUAGUUUCAAUUUUGUAUGUUUAGAUAACGAAUUUCCUUCAUUUACUGUGAGUCUGUGACUGGGUGUUAAUUUGAUUUGUAAAAAGGGAAGAUAUAAUAAAAGAAUGUUAUAUUACUUGAGUGGAUUGUCUUAAUUUGUUGGAUAU